AUGCCCACCCUCACAAACCUCACGACGUCUAUAUCAAACUCCCAAAUAAACGAUGGUUAUAAUCUCAAUCUCACCGCCACGGGCCUUUGCACAAGCCCUCGUAAUGCUUCAUGCGCAACAUUUAGCAAUUCCACUACAGGGAAUAUCAUAAACCCCGUCCGAUCUGCGAGACUUUCCACGAAACUAUCGAAAGAGAUUAAAUACGGAAGAGUCGAAGUAACUGCGAAAAUGCCGGCGGGAGAUUGGAUCUUGUCGUCUAUGAGGUUAAUUCCCGCAAAUAAUACUUAUGGCGAGUGGCCGAGAAGCGGAUCAAUAGAUAUCAUGCAAUUGCGAGGGAAUGAUAAAACUUACCCGGCCGGGGGACGCGAUAUCUUCACUUCAACACUACACUGGGGUGUCUCCCGUCUCGCGGACAGAUUCUGGAAAACCACUCGCGGUCGCCAAAUCCGUCACACUGACUUUACGAAAGGAUUUCACACCUUUGGCAUCGAAUGGACGAAAGACUAUAUAUUCACCUACCAUAACGGACGCACAUAUUCGGUUCUCUGGGUCGGGUUCCUGCAACAGUCGCUAUGGAAUUUGGGACAAUUCUCAAAUAACGGGACCUUACAUCCAAACCCUUGGGCGGGAUCCGGGAACAAUAAUGCGCCGUUUGAUCAGCCGUUUUAUCUUUCGUUGAGUGUUCAGGUUGGGGCAACUAGUAAGAUUACCUAG